UUCAAUUUCGUUCUCGAUGUCCCGCUAACGGAACCUAUAGGGCCCCGCGCCGCGCACCUCGGGCAUCUCCCGCUUCCAAAUUCCGAUUCCCAGCAUCUUCCUUUCCGAUCCGACAACCCUGAUCUCUCCUCCAUCUCCUAUAAAUUACUUCCUCGCGUACGACCACCUCUCCAAGCCUCUUCCUCUUCAUCUUCCAUGCAAAUGGAGCUACUCCUUGAAUCGCCGAUCGAAGCAAUCAUAUUCCGAUGUGGUACUACUCUCUCUGGCUGCAUGUGGACCUUCCUCGCCUUCUUCGCUGCCGCCCUAAGCCUCUGGCGACUCCGCUUCUUAAGAUCUGCAUCCGGGUAUGAAUCCGCUUCCAAAUCCCCUACCUCCACUGUUCCCGCCCCCGCGCACGCGGUUCCAUCGAUGCCGGCGAUCCUCCCGUCGGCAAUCGUCACACUACCGAUGCUGGAUUGCAGCGAUCGUAUGGAGACCGAAUCAUACACUAAGGGAAAGUUCACGGCGUACUUACUCGCCGAGGAGGAGAUCGACGGCGGUGAUUUGUGCGAGGAAUGGGUGACUGAAGAAUUUAGUGGCGGCAUGCACUGCUUGGAUUGUUUGGAUUGGGGAUGGAAGGGUGAUCUGGGUUGGUACACAUACCAGGAUCGGACAGCGAUUAACGGUAACGUUGUAACGCUUUGGGAUAGUAGCCGGAGGCGGGGGGAUUUGUGGUGGCGCCGGCGUUUCGGGAACGAUGGAAUUAGGGGUAGAAUGGGAAUUUGUUGUAGAAGAAAUUUGUUAAAUAUGGCUGUAUAGAGCGAUGGGAGGACGAUGCAUCGCCGGAGACAUUUUUUGUCUGUUGCCGUUUCUCUUUCACUGUCAUUUUCUAAUCGCCACUCGAAGCAAUCAUACUCCGAAUAUUCCAUUCGCCA